AUGCACCAUGGCCAUCACGGAGUACAGGCUGCAGGCCAUCUCUCUGGUGUGCCUUCCAACCAACAACAAGCUCAUAAUAAUACUCCAAGCCAAGGACAGCAACAACAGCAACAACAAUUUCAAAGAUUAAAAGUAGAAGAUGCACUGUCAUACCUUGAUCAAGUUAAAGCCCAGUUUGGGAAUCAACCUCAAGUUUAUAAUGAUUUUUUGGAUAUCAUGAAAGAAUUUAAAUCUCAAACAAUUGACACUCCUGGAGUAAUAAAUCGGGUUUCCAAUUUGUUCAAAGGCCAUCCUGAACUGAUUGUAGGUUUCAACACAUUUUUACCACCAGGUUAUAAAAUUGAAGUUCAGGCUAAUGAAAUCAAUGUAACCCAACCAAAUCAGCAAGUAGUAUCAAUCACUAAUAGUGCACUACCAACUUCAACUCCAGGUCCAGGUUACACUAAAAAUUUGUCUAAUGUUCCUGGUGCUUCUCCGAAUGGCUGCACAACCAAUCAACAUUCACAAAACCAGCCCUCAAGAGUGAAUACUGAGAUUCCUACUCCUAAUCAACAUAGUAAUUCUCAAGGACAACCAGCAAGUCAACCUGUAGAAUUCAAUCAUGCAAUCAACUAUGUUAAUAAAAUUAAAAACAGAUUUCAAGGACAACCAGAAGUUUACAAAGCAUUUUUGGAAAUUUUGCAUACUUAUCAAAAAGAACAAAGAAAUCUGAAAGAGCUAACUGAAAAUCACAAUGCACAUCCUUUCCAAGAAAAUCAGGGUAUAAACCAACCUGGUUACAAACCACUGACAGAAGCUGAAGUCUAUUCACAAGUUGCCAGACUCUUUCAGAAUCAAGAAGAUCUUCUUACUGAAUUUGGCCAAUUUCUUCCUGAUGCUAAUGGAUCAACCUACAUGAAUUGUUCCUCAUCACCACAACAAAGUGAUUCUCCACUUAGUGUGCGAAAUGAUCGCACUGCUAAUGUCAAGAAACCAGGAAUUAAUAACAAAACACAAAAUAACAAGAGCAGUUGUCAGUUGAGACGCCCAUCUGCCAGUCAACCCCCACCAACCAAGAAAUUGAAACCUAGCAGUUUAAAAGAUGUAUCAUUAGCAGAAGCUGGAAAACAUGGCACACUUAAUGAGUUUGCCUUUUUUGACAAAGUACGGAAAAUGUUAAAGAAUUCAGAUGUUUAUGAAAAUUUUCUACGAUGUCUGAUAUUAUUUAACCAGGAAGUGCUUUCAAGAUCUGAAUUAGUUCACAUGGUUCAAACAUUUCUGGGGUAA